AUGGGGGCAAAAGGGCCUUGGAUUCAACUCCAGAAAUUUCUGGCCUCCUGGCUGGUUGGAGAGCAAGACUGGGACCAGCACCUGGACCAGGUCUACAUGCUGCAGCAGAAGAGGAUAUGGGAGUCUCCACUGCUUCAGGCAGCCAAGGAAAAUGACCUGUGUACACUUAAGAAACUUCUGUUGGAACAAAAUUGUGACUUUCGACAAAGAGGAGCCCUGGGGGAGACAGCACUGCACAUAGCGGCCCUCUAUGACAACCUGGAGGCCGCCAUGGURCUGAUGGAGGCUGCCCCAGACCUGGUCCAGGAGCCCAUCGUGUGUGAGCCUUUUUUAGGUCAGUCUGCCCUGCACAUCGCUGUCAUGAACCAGAACGUGAACCUGGUGCGCGCCCUGCUCGCCCACGGGGCCAGCGUCUCUGCCAGAGCCACAGGCACCGCCUUCCAACGCAGUCCCCACAACCUCAUCUACUAUGGGGAGCACCCUUUGUCCUUUGCUGCCUGCGUGGGCAGCGAGGAGAUUGUGCGGCUGCUCAUUGAGCAUGGAGCUGACAUUMGGGCCCAGGACUCUCUGGGAAACACAGUGCUGCACAUCCUCAUCCUGCAGCCCAACAAAACCUUUGCCUGCCAGAUGUACAACCUGCUGCUGUCCUAUGAUGGAGGGGACCACCUGCAGCCCCUGGAGCUCAUGCCCAACCACCAGGGCCUCACCCCCUUCAAGCUGGCUGGAGUAGAGGGCAACACUGUGAUGUUCCAGCACCUGAUGCAGAGGCGGAAGCACAUCCAAUGGACAUAUGGACCCCUGACCUCCACUCUCUACGACCUCACAGAGAUCGACUCCUGGGGAGAGGAGCUGUCCUUUCUAGAACUUGUGGUCUCCUCCAAGAAGCGGGAGGCUCGCCAGAUCUUGGAACAGACCCCAGUGAAGGAGCUGGUGAGCUUCAAGUGGAAGAAAUAUGGGCAGCCGUACUUCUGUAUCCUGGGUGCCUUGUACAUUCUCUAUAUGAUGUGCUUCACCACAUGUUGUGUCUACCGCCCCCUCAAGUUCCGUGUUGGCAACCGCACAAAUCCUCGAGAUAACAUCAUCUUCCAACAGAAACUACUACAGGAGGCCUAUGUGACUUACCAGGAUCACAUCCGGCUGGUGGGGGAGCUGUUGACCGUCAUCGGGGCUGUGAUUAUCCUGCUUCURGAGAUCCCAGACAUUUUCAGAGUUGGUGCCUCUCGCUAUUUUGGACAGACAAUCCUCGGGGGGCCAUUCCAUGUCAUCAUCAUCACCUAUGCCUCCCUGGUGCUGGUGACCAUGGUGAUGCGGCUCACCAACAUGAACGGAGAGGUGGUACCCAUAUCCUUGGCCCUGGUGCUGGGCUGGUGCAGUGUCAUGUACUUUGCUAGAGGAUUCCAGAUGCUGGGUCCCUUCACCAUCAUGAUCCAGAAGAUGAUUUUUGGGGACCUGAUGCGUUUCUGUUGGCUGAUGGCCAUGGUCAUCCUGGGAUUUGCCUCUGCGUUCUAUAUCAUUUUCCAGACAGAGGACCCAGCCAACCUGGGGGAAUUCUCUGACUACCCCACGGCACUGUUCAGCACCUUUGAGCUGUUCCUCACCAUCAUCGAUGGCCCUGCCAACUACAACGUAGAUCUGCCCUUCAUGUACAACCUCGCCUACGCUGCCUUCGCCAUCAUCGCCACACUGCUCAUGCUCAACUUGUUCAUCGCCAUGAUGGGCGACACCCACUGGAGAGUGGCUCAGGAGCGUGAUGAGCUCUGGAGGGCCCAGGUCGUGGCCACCACCGUGAUGCUGGAAAGAAAGAUGCCUCGCUUCCUGUGGCCUCGCUCAGGGAUCUGCGGUUGCGAGUAUGGCCUGGGGGACCGCUGGUUCUUGCGGGUCGAGAACCAUCACGACCAGAAUCCUUUGCGAGUGCUCCGUUAUGUGGAGGCUUUCAAAUGCUCAGACAAGGAGGAUGGGCAGGAGCAGCUGUCUGAGAAACGGCCCUCGGUGACUGAGGUGGGCACUCUAGCCAGAGCCUCUCUGGUUCUUCAAACUCCGUCCCUGUCCAGGACCACAUCUCAGAGCAGCARCAGCCACCGAGGCUGGGAGAUCCUUCGUCGCAACACCCUGGCACACUUGAAUCUCGGACUGGACCUUGGUGAGGGGGAUGGAGAGGAGGUCUACCAUUUCUGAUGAGGAUUCCCUGACUCUUGGCCUGACUCC